GCUACGGCCCCACUAACCGCGUCUUAAAAAAGAAUAUAAAAAAAAUCUUGUCUGAAACUAAAAAUAUUGAUUAUUGUCCUCUGCCCGUCCGCAUUUAGUGAAAAGGAGCCAUUGACCAGUUAGCCGAGGCCCAAAUAACGAUCGAAAUGCCCAAGGAAGACGCCGAGCCGUCGGCGAGUAGCGUUGCGUGUACCAAGGAAAGCGACGUGCCUCACGCGGAAAAUGCGGCCCACAAGGAAAGCGACGCUUCCGGCCCUGCCAGCGCCUCGCACACUCCCCCACCCGCUCAGGAAGACGCCGAGGAGGCGGAGCUGCUGGAACGGAUGCGUGGUGACGCAGUGGGCAGCACAAUGUACAGCAGUCGCUUCAUCCUGCAGACGAUAAUGAAGCUGGUGGAGCUGCAGCCGAACUCACCGCUGGAACAGCAGCUGGAAGACGAUUUAUGCAAGGUGUGGGAUAUGUCGGUAUCCCCCGAGGUGGUUACACUGCUUCUGGAAAACGAGGCCAUCGAUCCAAUCAUGUAUUCACUGAUAGCUGGCUGCGAGGAUGUGCGUCUCUACGAGAUUCUCAUCGGCUUGCUAGGCAACAUGUGCGCCCAGGUGGAGUGCGCCGAGCUGCUCACCUGCAAUCACAGCACGAUGGAGACUUUUAAACUGACCAACUGCAUGGACACCGCCAUGCUCAUACAGCUGAUGCGCCUCUUCCAGUACAUCAUGGCCCACGUGCUAAGCGGUAAGGAACAAUUCGCCGUGGACUGGUACAUCUGCUUCGCCGCCUUCGAAAACUCCGCAAAGAAUCUGGGCAAGAUUCUGCAGCAGUCCGUAAGUGAUGAGCUGCUUGUGGCUGCUCUUAAGGCUACAAAUGCCGUGCUCGCCAGCUGUGCUUUGGUUGAGGAGGAAAACGCCAAGUCGACCCACAAUCUAAAGCCUUUUGCAGAGGUUUUUUUGAUCCCAGAACUCUGCGAUGGCGUGAAUAGCGCCUUCCUGCGACUCAUGCGCGAUGACCAGGCCAAGUUGGCCGACGAAGAAGCCGGCGAGGAGAACGAAGAGGCGGAAGAAGCAGCCGCCAACCAAGACAGUGACGAGGAUGCCGACGUCGGCUACGACUCAUGUGGUCCGAAAAUAACCUGUGAUGUGGAGAUCAUACAAACCUACCUCAACAUUUGCACUAUCCUGGUCCAGCUGCCGGAGGCGCAGGCCUCGAUGGACGUCUACGCACCCAGCAUAGUCAGUUGUCUCGCGCGGAUACUGCAGUUUCUGCAGCAGCCGCUGCAACUCAUUCCAUUGGGCGAGCGGCAGGAGGAAUACCUGGAGGACCUGGCGCACAUAUGGAGUCGCCUAAAGUACUUUUAUAACAAGGAAGCCUUCUCAAAUCUUCUGGAACUGUGGUACAGACUUAAACAGCACAUUGACAACUACACCGGAAACGAUCCAGAGUCCAAUGACUUCGAGGACGACGAGGAGGAGGAGGACGCUCCCAAGGAGCAGUACGUUGAGAACGCCUUCAAGCUGUUGCGCCUGCUAGCCUGCAUGGUGAUAAAAGCGGAAAACUCGGAUCUCCAGGAGAUUGGCGACGAAAAAGUGCAGCUCUUUGUGUCUGCGCUAAAAGCCGAAGAGGAAGAUGCAAUCUUCUCGAAGGCCCUCGAAUGCCUGAGCGACAAAGUGGAUAAGGAAUCGGGCCAAGCCUAAGGGAUAUACCUCCGUAGAAGAAAAGACAAAAAUGACUGAGAUUGUAGCUUGCAGCACAAUAUAUUCGUAACUUAGUGA